GCUGCGCGCCGAACGCGGGGCUGCGACUCAAGUCAUGCUGCGCGCGCUGAGUGGUUUGGGCGCCCGGCCCUGGUGCCGGCCCCCAGUCCUGUCGCUGCUUCCCGCGCGCGGCCGCAAGACUCGCCAUGACCCCCCGGCCAAGUCCAAGGUCGGGUAUGUGAAGCCCCUGCCUACGGUGGACCCUGCGGAGUUCUUCGUGCUGGCUGAGCGCUACCGGGAGUACCGCCAGACGGUGGGCGCCCUUAGGCUGCAGUUUGUGGCCGAGGUGCGGAAGAAGGUGCACGACGCCCGGGCCGGGGUUCUGGCAGAGCGCAAAGCCCUGGAGGACGCCGCUGAGCACCGGGAGCUGAUGGCCUGGAACCAGGCGGAGAACCAGCGGCUGCACGAGCUGCGGAUAGCGAGGCUGCAGCAGGAGGCGCGGGAGCAGGAGCAGCGGAAAGCCGAGGAGAAAGCCUGCCAGGCCCGCGAGGCGCAGGCCUGGGUGCAGCUCAAGGAGCAAGAAGUGCUGCAGCUGCAGGAGGAGGCGAAAAACUUCAUCACCCGAGAGAACCUGGAUGCACGGGUGGAAGAAGCAUUGGACUCACCAAAGAGCUACAACUGGGCGCUCACCAGAGAAGGACUGGUGGUCAAGCCAACGCACAGGGGCUCCUAGGGGCCCAGUAAGAACAAUGCCCUCUGGGGGCCCAGGGACCGUGUGUGUAUGAGGGUAGGGGGGUUGGAAUAAAGCAGCUGGUGCUUCUUUUGA